GGCAGUAAUUCACUUCCGUCGAUUUUUUUUGGACGCUGAUCGAAAUUUCCGACGUACAAAAUGGGGAAAAUUAAAGGGGGUGACGUUGUGGAGGUGAAGGGAGAUGAAAUGACUCGGAUCAUUUGGGAAGACAUCAAAGAGAAGUUGAUUUUACCUUAUGUUGAUUUAGAUCUUCAUGUUUAUGACCUGAGUAUUGAAUGCAGGGAUGAGACUAAUGACCAAGUGACCAUUGACUGUGCCCAUGCCAUCAAAAAAUACAAUGUUGGAAUCAAGUGCGCCACAAUUACUCCUGAUGAGAAAAGAUUGGAGGAAUUUGGUCUUAAGAAAAUGUGGCGAUCGCCAAAUGGAACAAUCCGAAACAUCCUAGGAGGAACGGUGUUCCGAGAAGCCAUCAUCUGUAACAACAUACCACGUCUGGUGAAGCCUUGGACGAAGAGUAUUGUCAUCGGUCGUCAUGCUUACGGUGAUCAGUACAAAGCGACAGACUUCGUCGUCCCUGGACCUGGGAAGCUCGAGAUCAAAUGGAUGCCUGAGAAUGGAGGGGAACCGAUCACUCAUGAGGUGUUCAACUUUGAGGGUGCUGGUGUGGCGUUGGCUAUGUACAACACAGAUAAGUCCAUCCAAGAUUUUGCACAUAGUUCAUUACAGUUUGCCCUACAGAAAGGAUGGCCUUUGUACUUAAGCACUAAGAACACCAUUCUGAAGAAAUAUGAUGGCAGGUUCAAGGAUAUAUUCCAAGAAAUUUAUGAACGUGAUUAUAAGUCCAAAUAUGAGGCUAAAAAUAUCUGGUAUGAGCACCGGCUGAUUGACGAUAUGGUUGCAUACGCCAUGAAAUCUGAGGGAGGAUUUGUCUGGGCUUGUAAGAAUUAUGAUGGUGACGUUCAGUCUGAUUCUGUGGCUCAGGGUUACGGUUCAUUAGGUAUGAUGACAAGUGUCCUAGUCUGUCCUGACGGCAAGACUUGUGAGGCUGAGGCAGCCCAUGGCACGGUCACCAGGCAUUAUAGGAUGCAUCAGCAGGGAAAAGAGACCUCCACCAACUCUAUAGCUUCCAUAUUUGCUUGGACACGAGGCCUACAACACCGAGCCAAACUGGAUCAAAAUGCUGAACUUGCUAAAUUUGCUGAAAACCUUGAAGCGGUAUGCAUUGAAACCAUUGAAGCCGGUUUCAUGACCAAGGAUUUGGCAAUUUGUAUCAAGGGAAUGACUGAUGUCACACCUGACGACUACCUGACCACUUUCAAGUUCAUGGACAAACUUGCUGAGAACCUGGAGAAGAAGAUGUCCCAGAGUUGACUGAACAAUCUACCUAACAGUCGCCUUUGAACAAAGGAAAACAGAUAUAUCAUUAAUGUAUCAUUAUUAUUGUGGGCUUGGUUAUAUGUAUACCAAGAAUAAGAGAAUAGUCUCAGGGCUCUCCAUCUUCUUUCAUCAGCCUGACACCCCAACAAGCUGCUCACUGUAGAUGGAAACCCCUGAUCUUUGUUAUUGUUUGUACACUUGUGUGAAAUGGUUCAGGCAACUCAAGGGUGACAUUCUGAGCAAUAAAUAUUUUCUGUUAAUUUACUUAACCUAAUCUAUUUCUAUCUUGGGCCAACAUUCUCAGUGCUGUCUGAAAUUUUCCUUGAUGGCCCAGAUUUGUCACGAAAUCUCGGUCAGCAUAUAAAACUAGUAUAUCUAAAAACUUCCCCACUCACUUUAGGAUUCUUUUCAGUGUAGUGCUACUUUCUUGUGCAGUGAACUCCUAUUCUAAAUGUUCUGUUUAACUCAGACAGCUUGCGUUUUCCCUGUUGCUGUACUUAGUAGGAGCCUUAUUCUUUUGAAUAAUUUCAUUGAUGUCAAUUAUCUAAAUUGCAUUCCAUUCUGUUGUUAUAACUUAUAGAAAACACAAUAGUGACUUUUAGUGGCAUUAUAAUUUAUUCUAUGCAUGAAUUAGAGAUUCAUUUAUUUCUACUUUUUAUUUACCUAUCUAUCAUUUCUCAGAAAAAGAUGUAUACAAUUGUUUGCAGUGAGAAAUUUUUUAAAGUGAUUUCAAAAAAUGCUAGCAAAUACGCUUAAUAUUUAUUCUUGGUGAAAAUUCUCCCAUCGUAGAUUUGCACAAUUCUAAUUUCUUAAUAUUGACGCAUUUCCUUAGGUUUAACAUGUAGAAAAUUAAUAUAUUCACAAGCUGAAACUGCCAGUGGCAUCAAAAAACUACCCAAAUAUUCUUUCAUUUGUAAAUAAAGAUGCUUCAAAUUUAAGCACUUUUCAGUGUCAAUGCUUUUGCUGUUUCAAUUUACCCACAUUCUAUGUCAGAUGAUAGUCUUAUACUCAUCAUUUACCUCAGCACUGCAUGUAAAUAUUUUGGCUAUUGUGAUAAUUUUUCGAGAAAUCGUUGUGUCUUUAUGAAAAGAAAAGGGUACCAUUUAGAUUUUCUGCACUUCACCAGAACGAGGCAGUUCAAAGUAAGUUUUUAGAAAAAGACUUGAAUUAUUCUUUCAAAUUGCCUUUAGAAUUUUCAAGUCUCAUAGUUUAGAAUAAUACACUUUAUUGAUAACCUGGCUUCGAACCACCUUGUUAUCUUAUCAUUACUACAACUUUAAUUGCUCAAUAGAAUUCAUGACUCCCAUGGAUUUAUGCUCAUGGUCAUACAUUUAGGUUGUGCAUUUUCACUUUCAAACCAAACAAUGUAAAAUCAUUUGUGACUUAUUGUAAAUGAUGAAGAAUGCUCGCAUGUUCAGUCGUAAUGUUGCAUUUUAAGGCUUUUGAUAGAAUCUUGUCUUCAGGAUUGAAAUUUUCUCAUGAAAGUACAGUAUUCACUGUAGUUUUGCUCAAAGACGUCUGUGGUGCCAUGGGGAUAGGUUUUGGGUGGAAAUCGUCCUUAGUAAGAGUUAAGCCUGGGUAUAAUAGAGUAGCGUACAUUACAUCACUAUGACUGAGAGUAGAUUUAUCCACACUUGCUACAUUGUACGAUGUAUAUGAUUAUAAGGUGUUUUAGAAUGAUUUGUAAUCAUUGGAUUGUAAUUUGAAAAUUUGGUGAAAUGUACCAAUAGGAUAGUUGUGUAGGUUUGUCAAGUGACCUUAUCAACUACUGUGAAGGCACCACGACCCUAAAACUUGUAGUAGACAUACAAUUACAAUAUAUUGAAAGAAUUUCCUUUACAAUACAAUUACAAUAUACAUGUAUUAAAAGAAUUUCCUUUACAAUAGAUCUCGAUUGCUUGCAAUAGUAGGCAGUGAGGAAGUACUAUAAGUGCUUUCUUGGUACUAGUCAAUGUUCAUUUUGAAAUGGUGAUAAAAGCAGCCAAUGUGCAUACAUAAAUAUGAUCAACUCGUUGGUUUUAUCAUUGGAAAAUUCAUCAAUUUGCAAAAGUAGAUGGUAGCAAAAUUUGAAAAGAAAGUUUUUACAAACACAUAAGACUGCGAAGAAAAUAAUGUGGAUCACAAUGGAUGCUACUUUAAGUAUUUAUUUCUUCUUUGUCGUUGACAGUGCUAAUAUAAAAUUUUGAAAGGCCAUACUCAUGCUAGAUACUAACAGCAGUGUGUUUGUAUUUGAGGGUUAAGGAAGGCUAGUCCUGUGCACAUAUAUAUGUCACAGCCGUUAUAUAUUGGAAAUGUUAAUGUAGCAAAAAUAAAUUCAAAUGAUUUUAA